CUGGUUUCAAGAUGAUCGUGGUUCACGAUGAUCGUGCCAGGGUGCAUCUGCGAUCUGUUGGUGCGUAACACCCUCGGAACGCUCGACGAGAUCAGUGACUCGAGACGGUGCGUGUUCGAGCACGAUUCUCAUUGAUUUCCGUUGAUUCUCGAUGACAGUGAGUGCUCGACGUCGUGCGGUUUCAUGGAGGAAUCGGACGUUCGUUUCUACAGCACAUUUCACGUGCCAUUGACGUGCAACGAGCGCAAACGACGAAACGUAUGAAUGGGUAAUGGCGGCACCCCGAGACAAUAAUUUUAGAUAGUGAAACACAUAUAGCGCUGCGAUCGUUCCAUUGAUCUGCAUUACGUCCAAGUUCAUAAUUUCUAAUUAUCAAAACUCUAUGCUUUAACCGUAAUCCAAUUUCACGGUCUUGCGAAAUCUAAGAGAUUGAUCCAUGUCGAAGAAACAGCGGAACGGUCGAGCCCGAAGACUGGCAGGCUUUUAUGCAAAUGCGCGCGUGGGGUUUACGUAGCACACGUAUGCCUUGAACGUGGUAUAUGCGUAAUGUCUGUGUACUACGCGAACCGUAUAAUUUAUUCAGAAGUAAAAGUGGCCUAAUGCGGGCGCAUUGUUAACGACGAGGUAAAAGCGAGCGAUUCGAAUGAAUUAAUGACCGUCUCACCGAGAGUUUAACUACUUGAACAUGAUCAUCGGCCGGAGUAUCGGCCCGUGUUCUCCUCCUGGACGUGCAUCAGCAGGAACAUGUUCCGCAGUUCUCUCUCGUUGAACCAACUACCAACCAAUUUUGCGACGUUAUCGUAGGCGACGCGGGUAAAUCGAUACGCGCUACUUUCAUUCAUGGCUGCCUCCCCUCGCACGGCUGGCACGUUGCCUCUGCGUACCACCACCGACGAUCAAACCCCCGAUCCCUACCACCGCUAUUCCGAGGAUCAGUGGCAUGGCUAUCUCGGCUAUCUCCCGUUGCAGCGAUUCUCAAAUUCUCAUCCCCCGUUUCUCCGCUCUGACGUCAUUGAACCUGUGCAACGUGCUCGGGCAGAUUGUGGUUUACCAGAAAUUUGAAAACUUGAGGCGACUGUGAGAGAGGAAGUACUCGGUGCAUCAGGAAUUUAAUUUAUUAGACUAACGAGUCUCAGUCACGACGUGACAAUUGUUUGGACGCUGCGGUGAUCUUAGAUAUCGAAUGAGAAUCCGAUGAAACACAAAUGGGAGAGCGAUUUGUUGUAUGUGCAGUGAGUAUCCGAGACGUUGAAACUUUGUAGAUAACGUUCACGGAAUCAAGCCGGGAUUAUAGACCACAUUUCCAGAUUCUAUUUGCAUACUGGGUUAAGAGGGGUUUCCGUUAGCCCGCGUUCGAUAUCGCGAGGAAGGAAUCAUCCUCUGGAAUACAUAAUCGGUCUCAUCCUCCUUCCGUUUUCACUGGGUAAGGUGUACGUCGUGCAUAGGUAACAGGUUGCUCGGAACAGGCCGAUGCUUCGAUUGAAAGCAGAGAAGAGCGAGAGGCUCUUAUAACGGUGCACGAGAAUUAGCUCGAGUUCGAGUGCUCUUUUAUCGGAAAUUGCCAGGAUGAUUCAGUACCUCCCGAGGAGAGUCAAAUCGAAAUUCAGAUAAUUGUAGAUUGAACAUUUAUUAUUCGAUUGAAAUGUUCAAUUGAUUUUCACACUCCGAUACACGUUCUGAUUCUUCUGCUUCUUAGAACCAUUCUCCUGUUUUUUACUAUCUCUGGAGUAGAGAGUCGACGAUACCACGUUCGUACUGCUGUCACGUUCACCACCUCCGGGGCCACCCCCGUUGACGCAUGAUUGCGAGAACCACCACCCCCGUCGAAUGCCACAUCGCUCCAUUGAUUCAAAUCUUUUUGGUAUCGCGGACACGCGUGUGGAUGAGGGUAAAUCAUCUCAGCGAGAGGGAUGUCUGAAAGCGAGGGAGAGCACGUGGCGCGGUCGGUGGCCUUGGAACAAGCCUACGUUCACGAGGUUUACGAACAAUGCGCCGAGAAGACUGUCCAAACCAGGCACUGGCCACGGAUCUACCAGUUCCUCGAGGAGCUCGAACCCGGGGCACUCGUCUGUGACAUUGGUUGUGGCAACGGGAAGUACCUGAGCGUUAAUCACAGCGUCUUUAAGGUGGGAGUGGACCGGUGCAAGCGUUUCACGGAUAUCGCGCGUGAGAAGGAAAAUGAGGUAUUGAUCUGCGACAAUCUGGCCCUGCCGUUUCGAGAUGAAAGCUUCGACGCGGUGCUUUCGAUCGCCGUGGUGCACCACUUUGCCACGACAGAGAGGCGGGUGCACGCACUAAAAGAGCUUGCACGGGUGUUGCGGAUCGGCGGCCGCCUGGUCAUAUCAGUAUGGGCCAUGGAACAAAGGCACAGAAAGUUCGAGUCUCAAGAUGUGUUGGUGCCAUGGCCCAAGGCGUACUGCAUGCGCUCUGCAUCGGACAGAUCGAGACGCUCGGGUGCACCGCACGCCGCUGACUUCUAUCCUCGUCAGAACCAAAAAUACGUAUCGUCUUCGAAAAGAACCGGGCAGCGAAAAUGCAAGAGCAAAAGCUACUGGAUCGAUCCGAUAUUCAGCCCGUCACCGUCGACCAGCAGCUUGUCCAGCCCGAACGAGACCUGCUACAGCUUUUUUCGUCGAGCUCUGCAGAAAUUGGCUGGAGGCAGGCGAGGAUCUGGCGGUCGGCCGUGGUUCUUCGACAGCUGGCAGAGCGGCAAUGGAAAGAAUCGGAAGAGCUACGAGGAUGAACCGCCGGAUGCGGACGAGUUGCCCAUCGAGUUACGCCGCGUGGAGGACGUCAACAUGACGUUGAACAAACAAUCGGACUCGCUCAGCAUCAAGUCGAAGAGCCUCGGCGACAUCCUGGAGAUCCAGCGAUUGGAUCUCGUGCGAUCCAGAUCGAGCAUUCCCGGUCUGUGCUCCGUGUUAACGUCGGAAUUGAACCUGGACGGGGAAUCGAGAACGUCGUCGUCGAUGAGCGGCUCGAAGCCGCGGCUGGUCAAGCAGAAGACCCAUCUCGUGGACGACAUCGGUUUGGAAAAUCCUGACAACACUGCCAUUCAAGAACUAGCUAAGGACAUUCCAGACUUUCAGGUCUCUCCUGGUCAUUGUUCCAAGCGGGGGAGCAUCCUGAAGCAGAGCUCGAUGAACGAAGAGCUGAUGUCUACCGAGAGGCUGGAGGAGAAGGAGAGGGUGCGACGUAACAUCAUGAAACAAGCGUCUCUGAACGAGGAUAUCAUCUGCAAGGGCAGAACGUUCGAGUCCCUCCGGGAGUCCCUUUACUCCGCGAACGCGACGAAGAGGUUCCAACUGUUGAAAAGUGGCCUUACGAACAAGAUAAGACAGUCAACGACGAACAUCGAGGUGUCCGGGAUAUCGAUCAAGAACGGGUUCGUGAAGAUUCUGCAGGGGUGGAAGUCCAGCGAUAGCGACACGACGUCGAACGCGGGCAACGACGAGGCGCGGACGAAUAACAACGACUCGAAGGCUCAAACGGGGACCGUGAUAAAGAGAGAGGACGGCAUCGAGAGGCGCCUGUCGCGCGAGGACGGUUCGGACUCGUCGAAGGACAGCAGUCUGCAGAGCGACACGAGCGUCGACUCCGAGGACAGCCUCGUGUCUGUGAUCUUCGUGCCAAAGCAGGACGCACAGGCUACGACAGACGCGGUCGUCCCGACUUCGAACGGCAACAAUCACUCGAGCAGCUCAGCGCCGUCUUCGCCGCGCGUCAAGAAUCCACCAGAUACGCCUAACUCGAGAAUCAAAGUCGUCCCCGUGUCGCCGUUGCUCAAACAGUUCCCGACUACUAAUAAGAUAGCUCCGUCUAGUCCACCGAACUUGUCCCCUCGCACGUUGAACUCCGCGUUGAUCAGAUCGAACCAAUUUUUCGUUUCUACUCCUGUUAACAGCCAGCAGCAGCAGCAGGUAGAGAAGAAUGGGAAGAGGCCGGAGAUCUUCAAUAACGGUUAUCAUCAGCCAAACGGAGAACAGCAGUGUAACAAACAGAAUGCGGAAACCGAUAUCGUCCCCGAAGCGAAGAAACCCAGCCUGCAAGCUAUACGCGCUUACAGAUCGAUGACCGAGAGUCUGGAGAUCGAGGAACAACACAUCGUCAAAGACACUGCUCGACUUUUGCCUAAUACCGACGAGAUUCCCGAGUCGCACGAGAGGAUUACGUUCGACGUUAACAAGGAGGAGGAGAAUCGCAAAGUCAGACUGGACCAGAUCAAGGAGCUGUUGAGACAGAAGCCCGGAUUCGCGACCAGAACCAAACAGUCGUUUCCUCUGGUCAGAAGAGCUUCAACGACGGCCACGGGUCGCUUGGAGACCGUCACGAAAGUUCUCCCACGGCUGCUGUCGCUGGAAUUGUUCAAUCCCGAGACCGACGACUUGGACAGCGAUUCCAGCGGUGUAUCCUCGCCCGAUUCGGUAGGAUCCGUGAUCAGCGUGAUCUCGGACGAGAGGUACAUGGCCAAGAAGGAUAACAAUAAGUCGGAGUGCACCGAGUCCGAAGUGUUGGACAGUUCAGCGGAGAACGUGUCCGACCCGAGCGAGCUGACCGCGGACGAGUCGCCGGGGUACGUGGCUGAUUCGAAGGAGGUGGAGAAGGCCACGAGCGGCGGCCUUCCUAGAGUCCUAGAAGCUGCAGCCAGUGCCGCCACUUCCUCGGAAGAUGCCGUGGAAACGGCUGUUACGAAAACGCACAGCGAACCGUACACGGAGACAGCACGACGAGACGGCGUCGAAGAGACAACUUCCGAAAGUAAGAUUCGAGUGAAGUCCGACAUUCAGUUACCGGAAAUGGAAGACACCUGGAACGAGGAGUGCCGGAAACAUCUGAUAGACCUCACCGAGAAGCUCAGCGAGAACUUGAUGUAUAAGUUGGACGAGAACAAGUCGGACCAGAGGAUCCCGGACGAACGAAAGGACCUGGACAAGCCUAUCAUCGAAUCUCCUUACGACGUCUCGAAACCUGCCAAGUCCAAGUACAACGACUUAACGAACACGAUCGCCUGGCUGAGUAACACCAGCAACGGGUUCCACGAACGCCCCGAGAAGAUAGAGAGAAUUCAAGAGGACAAGUCUAUACACAGAAGCAAGUCGGACGACAUAGUGGACGGAUUCGUGAUGGUAUCGAACACCGGGGAGUUUCUGAACGAUAAAGAGACGACGAGCCUGGAGAAGAACACUGAGAAGCCUCGCCUGAGAACCGCGAACUCGAUGGAGUCCAGCGACAUCGGCGAGUCUGUCAACACCAUCAGUUUCAGCGACGGGAGCCGCACGGGUUCUACCGGGAGAUUGUGCAGCAGCAUGGUUUCUCUGCUGUCGAACAACGCUGAGUACCCGAAGUCGUAUGCCGUCGAGUCGAAACGAAGACUGCAACUGCAGAGGAGGUCGGCCAGCGAGGAGACACCGGCUAGGUACCCGGACAGCAGCAAACGUAGCACGGACUGUCUGGUGACGACGACCGCGAGCAACGAUUCGCUGAGCGUGUCGUCGUCGCAGGAAUCGUUGCCGUCCGAUCGCGGCGGCGGCGGCGGCGGCGCGAUCACCUACCAUCAGUACUACCACGUGUUCAGGGAGGGCGAGCUGGACCAACUGAUCAAUAAAUACGUGGAGAACUUGCACAUUAUCUCGUCCUACUACGACCACGCGAGCUGGUGCAUCGUUGCGGAGAAGGUACAGGUCUGGACCAUAUGACUCGAGGCAGACACCCCGGUUAUUCCCUUCUCGCGCCUCGCGCGUCGCCCCGCUUAGAUCACACAGGUAGGCUGCGGAUUCUGUGCGUUUAAUCCAUUAUCACGUCAAGAACGACCGUUUCAAUUAGGUUUUAAAAUGAUACCAGCAAUGCGUUUUUGUUUUGCAUAAAGGUCCGCGGUCUACCGGGUCACGAAGGAUAAUCGGCUGACGAAGGAACACAGGUCAGUCCGGUCUGUUUGUUAUUCGGAUGAACAGGUCGAUGGUGUGCAUUGAUAAAAACGUGAUUAUCCAGUAGUUAACGGAGAUGAAUUUAUUAUGGCUUUUCACGUUGUUGGUCGCGAGCAUGUACGAAUUGUGGUCAGGGCUAUCGGAUUCAUUUGCUUUCUUAUCAAAAGGAAGCUCGAGGUGUAAGGAUGUAAAUUGGAGAGAGAGGCGUGUUUCAUUACCCUUAGAUCAGAAUUACAAUGUCCGUGAAUUCUAUUGAUUUGUAAAUUCUGUUGAUGGCUACGAGGAUUAAGAAAUUUGGAGGGCAGAAAGAGAGAAGGGGGGCGUGUAAAUAUGUAAGAUAAAACGAGAGUAAAACACGUUUCCGAUGUAAACGCACAGAUCGGCGAACAAAUUACGAUUCAUCGGAUAAGCGACACUGGUAGGAUAGCGACUUUUAUCGUCCGUCUAAGUGCUUGACCAAAUACUUGUCUACACCGUUCGUUUCCUCGUAUCAUUGUUUCACCGGUUCUAGUCGAUUACGUGAUAAAACAUGAUCAUAGUUUGCUCGUUUCGUUCUGUACGAUAUUCCCGAUCUUUCCGUCGUCGAAAUUCCGCGAGAACGGACACGAUGACAACAACGUUCUUCUCUCUACCGUGCUAGCAUUUUUAAUGUGUACGUUCAACACUCUCCCUACUAUCAAUAUUGUCUUCUGCAUAGUCGCAUAAAUAUUUUUCUCUCAAAAUUUCUACUCUCUUCAUUGUUCUACUACGAGUACUUUAAAGAGAGCGGGACACCUUCCUCCGCUCUUGUCGAAGCGUUACUUAAUACCGUGUUAAUACAAAAGAACGUACGUGGAUUUUAAUUUGACUUUAAUCAGAAGGAUCACAAACGUAGGCUUUCAUUUGGACAUGAUUAUUGUAAAUAUGACUCGACGAACACCAGUAGAACAGUAAUAGAACAGUUUCUAAGUAUGGGAAGGAUGCUUCACUAACGAGUCGUUAGGGUAACAAAUUACAGAGGAAGCGGUGUUCCACAUUGACGAACGUUAUUGCGUUAUUACCAAGAGGAGAUCUAGCUGACGAAAGAGGAAGACGUCAGAAGUCAUUGAAGAGUCACGACGCAUAGAAAACCGUUGGACACGUUGAACCGAAACAUUCUGUGAAAUUCUCAUACCGUGACGAUCUCGUUCGCUCUGCCUCGGAAUAAUUUUCCUUCGAGGGUGUAGCGUGUACAUAUGCAUAAAACCAACUCGAGGUCAGUUACUUCGGACAGCGUUUACACUGUACAUCGUUUAGGAUGCUGACAGAGGUGCGUGAGAAGAUCGAGUCGAAAGUAGAAUAGAAGAAAUGCACUCGGACAGUUUCAUUGAUCCAACGUGUCUGUACGAAACUCGUCAAGGAAGUAAUUAGGAGCGGUAGAAUUUUACAUAAAAAGGACCAAAGUAAAAACGCAGAGUACGUCGAUUCUUGUCAUCGGUGCUGCGAAUCGAGUUCCGAUCACUUGCGUCCGCGAGAAGCGUUGGGCAGAAAGAGGAAUUCUCAUAAAGUAAUCGUAAUACCGCAAUAACUAUCGGACCAUUCGACGACAGUAUACCAUUGUUACAGCGAGAUGUACCACGAUUCACUCUAUGUGAUGGCACAAACGAGAAAAGUGUGCUGAAUAGCCGGCGAUGUUGUAUCGGAAAGUUGAGUGAUACGUGAGUGUGAGAAGAACGAACGAAGAUCGUUUGACGAGUAUGGGGAAAGUUUCACAGAUUAUUAGGUGAUGUUAUGCUCGAUAAGGUUACGACGAGCACACUUUGGUACACUUCUUUUGUAAAUAGUUAAUAUCUAACGUAUAAAUACGUGUAUAGAUAAGAAAUAUGUGGACGAUCUUCUUAGUUCCGAGGAGUUUCGACUUCUUACGUUUAUCUCUAUUAAAAGAACGUUCCGCCGUUGAAUUUACUUUAGUGGUUGUGGUUUCCUCUACGAGAUAGAUAGCGAAUAUAGGUAUUAAUUUUACUGUCGGAGAAAGGGUUCCCGCGUGUUCGGAGAAGUAAGAGGAGCGAACGAACGCACGAUCGCGAUUUUUCACUGGAAGCCUAACCGUCGCUCGUUCGUAUUAAUUAUCAUCACAUCGGUUUCAAGCGGUACUUUUGAUGAGUUCUUUUUCGUUCCUCUACUUCAUGACACCUGCGAGCUUCUCAGUCGACGUUACGAUCUAUAAUAUAUAGGGUAUCCUAGUAAAAGUAUCGAAGAGAGGUGAUUCUGUAAGCGUUUCUGAACAACAAUUUCCUUUGCCAAAAUACAAAGCGAGGCUUUUGGUUUUUAAAUUAUUAACGAAAGACACUUACCAAUGAAAGCACGUGUAGGGCCCGCGCUAAGCCACGACCGAACGUCACGAUCAAAGCCAACCUACCCGUGGCCCUAAGCUAACCUAACCUAAUCUAACUUAAUAAUUCGAAAACCGUGGCUCACUGCCAUUUUUACCAAAGGAAAUUGUUGUUCAGAAACACCUCAAGAAUCAUCCCUUUUCGGCUCUAUCACUUUUUCUGGGACACCAUGUAUAAAUAACGUGCGUGUAUGCAGACGCAUAAUACAGACCUAUCUUCCAAGAUCGAUCUUGAGAACACGACGAUGAUGGUAGUUAGAUAGACGCUGGAAUUGUGUGCGAAUCAUUCCAAUGUAUUCUCAUCGAACUUUCAGUUGAAGCGACCAUAGUCUUCCCCGAUGUGUACAUAAUGUACAUUACACACUUGUUACUCUGUCCUGUCGUAGCUGCAUCGAACGGAUAUAUUAAUUAAUUAAGAUUGUCGCGCGUGCCAGUAAAAUAACAAUUUAAAAUCCCAACGGAGACUAGUAAAGUGGACAGAAAAGAACGCGAGGAGAAACUGUUGGAUUCAAAAUGCUGCAUCUAGAGAAGGCUGUGCUCGACAUAGCUUAGACGUGUACAUACAUAAUUUACGCGUAUGUUGUAGCUACAGAAUAACGUUGCAACUACAUACGCGUAAGAGUAAAAACACAUGCGUACAAAAUGAAGACGUACAUAAAUGCACAGAUAUUAGACGGUGUAUAAGGUCUAAUAAUCCCACAACUUAUAUAGCGAAUAUUUAAAAAGAGAAAAAUACGAAUUGUUCUUGGCGCGUAUACACAUGUAUUUAUUCCCCUUCCAUCCGACGAACGUCUGUAUAAAUAAUUAAUUAUCGCCAGGAUGACACGGGGUCCGGUGUCGCGUACGAGUUUCCGUGUGUACAGACGAUCGAGAUGAUUUGGAAAUUUUUUUAUCGAAGAGAACGAGAAACAAAUUCUGCCGAAUAAUUGGAAACGGAUCUGUUUCUCGUCUGAAAGAUGUCCUGCGAACGCGCGCGCACAGAAAAGUUGUACGUAUCCGAAGAACACGAUUCUAAUAUAGAAAUGGUGCUAUUUACGGAGUAAUCCCCUUACCACCGGGGGACCACUGUUGUGAUUUAGAAAAUGAUUCCAUGAUUCUCAAUUGAACCGCACGACGAGUAUACCAGGGUAAUAGUUCGAACGAAACGAAAAGUAUAAUCGCAAUAAAAUUGUAAGGCGAUCUCCCGACUCUAAACGUAAUCACGCAUGAUUCGAUGUAUAAUACUCGCUUGUGGAAAUAGUUCUGUCGCCAAAAGUUACCACCGUUGAUGAAACUCGCAUAUACACGCAUAAUAUAAUAAUAUACAUAUAAUAGUUCAUAUCAAUUAUAAAGAGGAGAAACACGGAUUUAUCAUCGAAUAGUUAUGAACCUGCGAGCAAGACCGUCUCGGUUUAUUAUAUCUACUGUCAUCUAUAUCGACCGACACGAAUAUAUCUAACGACGAGUAGCGUGUCGUGCGUGACUUUUUUGAAAGCGUUUAAUUCUAAGUGGACAUAAACGGAGAACGGUGCGAGAUAUCUAUUCGGUAAUUAAGUACGAUUCUAGCUUGGGGGGCAGGCCGGGGGUACACACAUUUGCUAUUCGAACGGUACCUCUGAAACGUUUCAAAAAAAGAAAAAAAAUAUUGACAAUAUAUAUACAUGUGAUCGACGGAUGGUUCCAUCACAGUUUUGUAAACUAUACGUCGUAUUUCUAUAGGAUAUAUCAAUCGGGGAAUUGAGGAAGUGACAGAAGGGGCACGCGUCGUUAAAUGUUAGAAAUGAGAAAUCCGACCAGAGUCGAUCGAGAGAGGCAAAACUUUCAACGGGUUUCGCGUGCAAGAACGUACGAACGAUUCGUAGUGACGACCGCGACCUGGUCCCUCGAAUCGGAUCAGGAGACAGAGAUUCACGUGUCCCUGACAAUUCUCUCGUUCCCCCGCUUUAAUGUCGAUGUCGUAUAAAGACAUAGUUUUUCCCUUUGUUUCGUUCGUUUGUCUAUCCGUGAAGGAUCCUCCGGAUCGAAGAGCAGUUCUCCGUGGACCAUCUCGAAUUUUUAUUUCGUCUCUCAUCGCGAUCCCGAGUGAUGACAGAAUAGAAAUCCAAGACACGCGCCUGGGGGCAGUUGUCUCUCGGUCUGGACGAGGCCUUACACUAAUUUUAACCGUACUUCUUUGCGGCACACACGUUCAAGGCGUUCAUUGAAACUUUCCAUAACGAUAUACCGAAUUAUCGAUUCAGUGCACCCGAUGUAUUAAUUGAAACGUGUAAUUCGUUUUGAGCGUCGUAACUACGUUAGGCACGUUCGACAUCAGACCAGACCUCUAUUUUAUACCUGUAUUUCACGAUCAGGAUAUUAGAACGAUUAUCUACUGCGCAUUAUUAUGUACAUGUAAAUUUCGUUUAAUAGAGAUACAAUAUUUCAUAUUU